ACGAAGAAGUUGCUGCUGCGUUUUUCACUCAGGAUUUUAGAAACUUUGAUGUUUCUCCUUGCUCCUUCUUCUUCUUCUUGGCUCAACAAUGGAGAUGGAAUCCUUUCUCCUCCUCCUUUGUGACUGACCGACAGAGAGAGAGUGUGAAGAGGGAUUGAGAGUGUGGAGUUGACAAAGUGGAGAAGGAGUUAAUAUUUAAUACACUCCACCUUUGGAGCACGGAAAAAAUUAUCAGCAACACCUGUCGGAAGAGGAAGAGAUAAAAGCGAAAGACAGCAUGGAGCAUGGCAUACAUCCGACGAUUGAAGAGGAAGAAGAGGAGGCUGACGUAUAACCCUGGCAGUGAUGAAGUGAAGCUCUGCAGCUGCGAUGGACAUUUAGUGAAGGUGGCGAUAGCUGCACGAUGCGAUGGGAUGAACCGGAUUUGUAAAUCGAUGAACAGUAGCUUGGAUGUGCUAUGCGAUGAUUUCGGUGAAGAUGAUGAGCACCAUAAGCUGGAGUAAUUAGAUUAUUACCAGAGUAGAUUAUAUUUUCUAAAUGGGAAAAGAAUAAAGGGUAGUUUAUUCGGGAAUGAGUACUACAUUAUUUGAGAAUGAGCACUGCUUUGUUUUAAAAUGAAUGCUAUAUCAUUCG